CAUAUUUUAUACUAUAUCAGUUCCACUCAUUGUGCUCAUACAUUCUUAUAAUUUAAUUUUUUAUACAGAUAAAAACGAAAAUUUCUUGAGAGGUGUAUGACUACAGCACUCUUUGUUAUUAAACGAUAUGUAUAUAACAUUAUACAAACUUGAAAUUGAAAGAAACUCUAGAUACUAUCAUAAAAAAAUAUUAUUUAAAGAUUGAAAACAAAAGUUUUCUAUUAUUUCAAUGUUUCUAUACAUCAUAAUGAUAACCUAUUUCUUAUUCAAAGUUUAAUGAAUACAGGGAUAUCAUUUAGUAUGGAUAUUGGGAAUAGUAAAGAAUUUUUGAUUUAAAAUAUAUUGUUAUUGCAUUAUAAGUAAUGCACAACACAAUAGAAUUUUGUAUGAUAAACUAUCUCAGAAAAGACGAUUAUACAUAUGGAUAUUAAUUUCUGUUGAUAAUAUUGAUAAAAUAACCUUAUUAAAAUUUCUAUUGAUUAGAAAGAUACAUUUAUUUUAUAAUUAUGUUUUAGAUAAUAAUUUUUAUUAUGUUCAACGCAUACAAUGGAAUUAGUGUAUUUUCCGCAAUUAAAGAUAACACAUUAAAUCUUGAAAACCACAUGAAUAUAAAAACAAACAUAUUUUAAAGUGUUUUAAAGAUAAUAUGUGUAUCUUGACAUAUAAAGAAUUUUUUUAUUCACACGUGCAAUUGUCAUCGCAUACGAUCUAUAGUAAACUAAAUAAUGAACAAAUAAUUGUAAACAUACAUUUCAGAUUAUAUUUUUAAGAAUAAUAAAUUAUUAAGAUCAUUUUUCUAUAUCAAAUGACAUUCAAUGUAUUUUAUGUAUUUUUAUUUAUAUUUAUUUUCUUUAAUUAUUUUAUAUCUUUUCAUUUGUUUCAAAUAAUUCUGAACUUGUAAAAACAAAGAUCUGAAUCUUAUAUAAAUCAUCCUCGAAGAGGUGGAUAGAUCGUGUGUGAACAGUCUGAUCAAAUAAUAGGGUAUUUAAUUCUUCAUAUAAAUUAUUAUACAUAUUAGUGUUAUAUGAAUCAUAAAGGUUGGCAAAAAUGUUUCGUGAAGAUGGUAUUUAUCGAGAUAUAUUGAUAAUUUUAUUUGAUUUAUGGAAACUAUUGGUUUUUAAUAAUGUCAAUCAGUAUUGCCAAUAUUAAGAAAAAAGAAGAAAUAAUAGGAAAAGUAGUAGUAGACGAAUCAUAAGAUAUCUCAUGUUACAUAGAUAUAGUGACAUAAAUAUAGUGUAACAGUGGGACGUAAUGUGCCGCCAGGUCGUGUGGGCAUUUGCCUAGUAACUUCAUAAUACGUCACGUUUCAUAUUGCAAAAUAAAUUCUUGGUUUCAUAACCUAUUCGUUAUAAUUCGUAUGUUUUAUACUAUUGAACGAUUUAACCAAAAUGAAUGGAGCAGUAUUGGAUGUUUCAAAUGAGAAUUUAAAGUCAAUAAAAGAGUAUCAGCAAAUACUUCUAAAUCAAGCACUUACACAGGGAAUUCAGAGAAAUGAAGAACAGUUCAAGGUAUGGACUGAAUAUAAAAAAAGGCAUAAAAAAGUUAUAGAAGCACUUGAGAAAUUACCUUUAGAAGUAACAAUUAAUUGUAUGGUACCUAUUGGUAAACGUGCAUUUAUGAAAGGAAAAUUAAUACAUACUAAUGAGAUCCUGGCUUGUCUUGGAGAUAACUACUUUGCAAAGUAUAGUGCUGCUCAGGCAAUUGCUCUAUGCAAUCGUAGAAUUGAAUCUGCCAAUGAGGUAUUGAAAAAUUUGGAGAGGGAAAGAAAUUUAUAUGAGAUGAGACAAUUUAUCCCACAAGAAUUUGAUGUUUUUGGUGAGAGAGAAAGGACAGAUUUAGUAGAACAUUGGGAUGAGAAGAAACUAGAUGAUUGGAGAGCUGAACAUAGACAACGAGAAAAAGAAUAUCACAAAAAACUCUCUGAAUUAAGGAAGAAAGAAAAGACUGAUAUUCAAACUGAAGAAGAUCUCUUUGAAAGAUUAGAUGAAUUGGAACUUCAAGAAGAAUUAGCAGAUGAAAUAAACAGAUUAGAAGAGGAACAUGAAAAGUUUUAUGGAGAAGAAUUACAAGAAGGAGAAGUAUAUUAUGAAUCAGAUGAAGAAGAAAGUUCGAACGACGAACAUUCUUUAGAAGAAAUAGAAAAAGAAUUGAACAAAUUGAAAGAGAUUCGAAUGGGCAAAAAUGCAAAUGAACAAUCAACGAAAAGUAGCGUGCUCAAUACUACUGUACAUACAGAAAAGGAAAUACCUAGUAGUAAUUUAAAGGAAACUGAAGAAGUAGAAAAAACUUUAUUAAAAACUACUAGCGAGGUUUCCUGUACUAAUUACGAUGAAGAUAAAACACUUAAAAUUACUAAAUCAAAAAGUAUGAGUAACAUAAGUAACGAUGAAAUAAAAUUAAAGGAGAAAAGAAGAGUAUCGUUUGUAGAACCAGAUUUUUCGACGUACAAUGAUGAUAGUAAAAUAGUUUCUAUUAAAAAUCAGGAGGAACAAUGCACAGAAUUAUCGAGUGACGAUAUAGAUGAUUCAGAAAAUGAUAGUGAUAUUAUUCGAAUUGAAUUUAAACAUACAGACAAUAAUUUAUAUAUACCAGAGUUCACGGAAAAUAAAAUAACGUCUCCAAGAGAUAUAUAUAAAAUGUUUUCUAAACCAAAAUCUAUUUUGAAAAGAUCACCCAAUGAUGUUAUGCCACCACAAAAUACUUCUUUACCUACAUAUAGUUCAGAAGAAGAAGAGGAGGAGGAUGAAGGCAUUAAACCUUCCGCGUAUAAUUUUAUUGUAAAGGACAUUUGCGAGAAGGAAUUAGCAACCUCUAAGAAGAAGAACGUCGAGAACACAGAGGACAAGAAACUAGUCAGUAGAUUUAGGAUGGAACGUUCCACGUUAAAAAAAUAAAAUAAAUAUAUCGAUCGCUGCAUAAUUGAA